GGAGAAGGAGAGGAAGUGACAUGUUUUCUGGUGAAUGUAAUGAUGUUGCAAUAAUAACCAGCUAUUGACAUGCAUGUCGAGUCAUGUUUCCACUUGAAACAGAUUCAGCAGGCUCUUUGCAUGUUAUCAUGCAGCAUAUCUAGCACCAGCGUUCAUAUUAAAUAUCUGUGCGUGUCGUCACAUGUAUUUUUCUCAUCAUUGUGCUGUCUGUCUGCUAAGAAGAAGGCCCCGAGUGCUCGUCUGACACACUCCACCACAGACCACAAUGCAUUUAGACAGUUAGACAUCUAGAGCAACAUCCUCAUUCGUACCUGCUGUCUGUCUGCUGGCUCGCUGUAGCUUUCACAACAGUCUGAGAUCAUUCCCUGCCUUUUCGAAAAUGCUAGAGAGCUCCGUUUCCAAAUGUGAAAAGACUCCAUGGACGAGACCUAGACGAUGGUUGUGUAUUUUGAUGCUGUUACUCAUGAUGGGAAUAAUGUUCACUUUAUACAAUACAAGCCCUAAAGAUUCAUGGCCUUCGAUGCUUUGGACGAAAAGCUUGUGGUCAAACCAAUCUUACAACAAUAUGACUACUUCAGCCACCAGUCUCACCAUCUCACCAACUGACCCUCCAAGGUACACUGUGGCAUACCCACACCGGUACGAUAUCAUAUUGGACGAACCCCAUAGAUGUUUGCAGGAAAGCCCAUUCUUGGUUCUUAUGAUCCCAGUCGCCCCCCACAACAGAGAGGCCCGUGACACGAUCCGCAACACGUGGGGCAAAGAAACUACAGUGCUGGGCCGAGUGGUCAGCCACUACUUCCUGCUGGGAAAGUCCAAAGAGGAGGAUGGGACAGAAACCCUCAAUGAGCAAGUGUUACAGGAAAGCCAGAGCCAUCACGAUAUUCUCCAGAGUGACUUCUUGGACAGCUACAAUAACCUCACCAUUAAAACCAUGGUUAUGUUCGAAUGGCUCAGCUCCCAUUGCCCCAACACGUCCUACACCAUGAAGGUCGACUCGGACAUGUUCCUCAAUGUCCACAACCUCGUUGACAUGCUCUCAAAAGCCCCCCGACUACUCUACGUGACAGGAAUGGUGGCGAGGGGUGCUCCUGUUAUCAGAGACAGUACCUCAAAGUGGUUUCUGCCUUUUUCUGUCUUCCCUGAGUAUGCAUACCCACCAUAUGUCAUUGGAAUGGGCUAUGUCUUCUCACUGGAUUUACCCAAGAAGAUACUGGAGGCAUCUGAGCAUGUUAAAGCUGUUUACAUUGAAGAUGUGUACGUGGGACUGUGUUUGAGACAUUUGGGAAUCGAACCAACAAAUCCUCCUCAUUGGGAUUUGUUUAGGCAAUUUAUGCCUAAUGGGGCAAGCAACUGUUACUGGACCACUGUGAUUACAACGCUACUACAGAACUCUCACCAGCUUUCAGAAGUAUGGGGAGCAUAUCAGACUCAAGUUACCUCUUCUGCUUGUGCCUAACAAAAACUGUGACUUGUUUUAAAGUUACACCCAGUGACUGCAUAGCCCUGUUGCACAGCACGGCAGUUACAACACCAUUCGUUUACAGCAAAAGUUACUGCCUUGAUUAUAUUUUUUCAAUCUUUGAAGUAUGGUCUGGACUUUGGAUACCAAAACAGCAGAGAUAGUGAGACAGAUGUGUAUUAUGAGGCUGAGCAAAAUGUGUUCAUGUCUUUGGUGUUUGUAACGAUUGCACAAAUGACCGUAAAGAUGUAAAUAAUUUAAAGAUUUUAAAUUUCUCUUGUGUCCUGCCAGCCCAGUCGCACAGCAGUUCGUGAAAUAGUCACCAAAUGAAUGUAUUUAUUUGUGUACAUAGACACAAAUUUCACAUUUUUUCUGUGAUGGUCAGCACAAAAUCAAUUUGUAUGUAAUCCACGUAAUUGUGAACUGAGAAAUAUAAAGAGCAGCGAACGCCGUGUAGGGAGGACGACAGGGUGGAUGGGCAUGUCAAAAAACACCGUACUUUCACUAAGGAGACUGGUGUUUGUGUCCCGUGUGAAACCACAAGUCAAAGUUGAUUUAUUUGUCAUGUAACUUACGUACUUAAGUUGCGCCACUUCCGGUAUUAUUUUAACCCAAACCACAAUCUUUUCCUAAA